CGUCCCAUUUUUCCUGUGCCAUAGAAUUCCAGAUCCAGGGCUCCGUGCUUAAUCUCGACGAAGAAAAAAUCCGAACAUUUCCCCAUUUUUGAGUUACAUUCCCCUUUUUGCGCCAAAUCGUAUGAAGACAAGAGGAAGAUUCCACUCUUGAGUAGUCUCUAUCGUUUUUCUAGUUUUGACAAAUAGCACCCAAGAACAGCAUCAUCGUAAAAACUUUUUCGUACGCCACACGGCUGGCAUUUUUCGCGCGCAUUGAUUUCGUACAACCUCAACAUCUAGUAUCGUCGCACGUCGUACAAGAAAAGCGAAUUCGCUCAGAAUUCAUUUCUCUCGAUCACUACGAUUUGUCUCGUAUUCGUUUACGGGAAAAAUAAAACGAAAGUAAGUGAUCAUCAGCUAUGCUCCGGGUAGUUGUGGCAGUACGUAGAACGCCUACCGAACGACUUGUUGAGCAUUCAUAGUACAACACAGCAUGAAGACGAACACGAAGUGACCCAUCACAGUCACAGUUACCGCUUGCCUGCAGUGUAUUUUUUUCGAACGCCCGAUCGAACUCGAAGGCGAUACUCAACCUCGUACCUGAGUAUCUCUAGCAUUGCAGACAAUAGAACCCUAGGCAAAACAUGUUGUCUAUGCUCGUUUCCGUGAUCGGUUUCCUGAUCGGGAACAAUUCGGGGAUCUCCAUGUUCGACGUCUUCCAGCGACCUUCCUGCACGGGGCUUCACCUUUACGCGGAGUUUGUCCCUGACAAAUCCUCCACUCUGACGCUGAGCAAACCGGAUCUCGUCAAGGCGUGGCCAAAACUACUGGACAUAGAAGCGAAAGGCGUGGCCAAAACUGCUGGGUCAUCCUCGUCCUCAGCUACAACAACUUUCGGGAACAAUGCGCUUCUCGGAACCGUCAUCUCCCCCGAGGAAGCGAAAAGCAUACGAGUAUAUUUUUUGGUUGUGGUUGGAACAAGUCUGUGAAUGAUGCAGCUAGCAGGUCUUGCUAUCAAAGCAUUUUUUUGUGUAGUUUUGCAUCGAAAAAGUAAAAAAAAAGUAAAUUGCAUGAGGAGCUCGUUGUAGCUUGUCCGUGUGCAAUGAAAACAAAUGCGAAAAUAAGCACACCAACAAACAGGUCUCGGGGUUCCCUCUCAUCGGAAGCCACAAAAUCACCAAAGUGGACGAGAAAUCCGUGACAAUGAAGCCGGCCUGCUACAUAAGUAGCACCGAUUUCGACGAAACGUGGUCUCCAGUGCUGCUUUCAGAUUUGCCAGAAGGUACAACAGUUUUUUGUGUAUCUCUAUCUCUUGCGACUGAAUAACAUGAACAUAUUUAUGUAUUUUUCAAAUACAGCCACCUAUAAUACGAUAUGCGCUUUAUACAUGUAACAAGGCAUAAUUACUCUGACUUUGUGUCUGUCCACGGUCUAGUAGUAGUACCUCACGAAAUGCUUCGAAAAUUAAAAGAAAUCUGAAACCAAAUAAACGCUAGGUAUCCGCACGUGGAUGAAGCAGCGGGGCAGGGAGCGCGAGAUCCCGGUUCACGGGAGUCUGACCGUGGAGAGCCUGGGAAAGAUUACCGCCAUCGCGCCAGAGCUGUUCCAAAUUGCGGAAAUCGGUGGUGAGGUCGCCAUCGUCACUGUGGAACCGAAAACCACGUGGGAAUCACUGCGCGGCCUCUUGAACGCGAAGGUCAAGGUGCUGGGCGAGGGCUCACGGUUCGUCGUCAUGGGUUUUUUGACCCUCAGCGGCAUUCUAGCGCUCGGAGGCGCCGCCGGCGGGGCAGACGCGUGAGGAUGGAGGAUGGUGGCGAGGAGGCGAAAAGCAGAUUAGUAUACCGAAAGUAAAAAAUCAGAAUUUUGGUAUCUUUUUUCGAAAGCGCAUUAUUGUACAUAAUUUUUCAAUCGCGACUUCCUCUAUGUAGAUCUAGUUCUUGUUUGUUUAUACUUAUGUACAAAAACAGAACCCGGUAUAGCAUGACUGAGUACAACCUCCAGCAGCUGCACCAACAUCCCUGUAGAAUGUUUUGACACCAACAAUCUUCCCGCACCAUGGAAGCCUACCUGCUCCGUAGGUCUUCUCUCAAUCUUCCCAUGCCAUGGCUUCAAAGAGGUGGACCACGAACAAACUACAAGUAACGACUGAGUUAUUUGUUGUUGAACUUGAACUCCACCUCUGAAUUUGAAUAUGAUCACGAAGAGUCUUCAGCUUAAUCUGUAUACAACAAAAUUUGUAUGAAAAUUACCCGCAAUUUUCAUGCGCUACCCAAUAUGGACACGUUCUCUUUCUUCCCUGGUGGAUAACGUAACUGUAGAGCGGCGCCCUCUACUAGCUACGUAACGUAGGAAAUGAAUCUCCUCGCAACUGUAUACAAAGUAAGUUCAAGGCCGCCCGGCUAGUAAAAACGACAUUUCCCCUGGUGAGAACAAACCGCGUUUCAGUGAUCUCAGAGACUUAACCGCGUUUCUCCUGCAGGCAUGGAUGGAGCUCCGUAAAGUUUCCGCGACCUACGAC